AUGCGCAGCGCCAUCGUUCCUCUGUCUGUUCUGUGGUGGCUCUACUGCUUGUGUGACUUUCCAGCCUUCACUGGGCCGGCCCCUCCUGCCAAAGUGGUACGAAUUCCACGCUCUGCGAGCAAGAAUCCGCUCAGAUUGCCCAACGAGCCGAACCCUUUCGACUUGUUUGGCGUAAAACGCGGCACGGAGAAGGCGGAAAUCAGGAAACUCUUUCGCAAGCGGGUGCAGACUGAGCAUCCCGACGUGAAUCCUAAUGACCCCGAAGCGGCAGAGAGAUUUCAAGAGCUGGUGGGCGCUUACAACUCGAUCAUGGGUGAUGAGCUUCUGCCUGACGAGCUGAAUUUCGUGCGAGUGCAGAUGACCAAACGAUACAAGAAGGAGCUAGAGGCCGAUCAGUCUGUCAACAACGGAAUCUUCUAUGCACUGCUUCCUGGGAUGACAAUAACAGUCAUCGGCAUAUGGUUUUUUGCGAUGGAUGCACUGGGGAUGCUUGACCCUCAGACAAAGCAGCUCCUGGACGCAGUGAAGGGCAAAGGCGCGCCCUUCACUGCCGUCAUACCGAACCGCAAGAAGUCCGGGGAGCUCUUUCUGAACCUGUUGGACGUGCGGGGCCUGACGGUGGCACGAGAGACUAGGACGGGCGAGGACCUUUGGUAUUUGAUUGGCAUCCAGGCAGACGUGUCUGAACUCGGCGAAGAGGACAUGCCAGAUGAUCACUUCGAUGAGCUUCAGAAGCUCUCGGACUUCGUACGGGAAAGAUUGAUGCGGGAGCUGUCGACCUAUGCGUUGAGCAACUCGCAGGAGGAAGAUGGGCAGACGUCGCAGUACGAGCUGCUGGCGUGCCCUGUUUGGAGGCCCGGGGAUCCACUGGGCAGCCGAGGCAACAGACAUCUCACCAAGAGUUCGAAGGACCGCAAAUCGCCGUCGACAGGCCCGGCCAAAGCGUCAGCAUCCGGCAAGCUCGCGCUCGGACUUCUAGGGGUGGUCGCUUUAGGAGGUUUGGCUGCGCUGAUGUUGCAGAGGCGCCGGGGUGCCGUGCGGUGA